AUGGAGCACCCACGGCCAGUCCUGCCAUCUCAGAGAUAUUCCCCAGCGUCAGACUAUGCGUACGAGACGGAUCACGAAGUGAUGCCAAUGACACGACAACCUCUUGGUGAAUCUACUGGCAACGUCCAACAGCAUAAUCUUGCCGCUCUGGCACUCUGUAACCACUCCUUAUCACCACCUCUACAUCCUAUACCAACACCACCUAUAGUGCCUACACAGGCUCUGACCUCUACGUACGGGACAAGCCUUCGAAGGCGGUCCCUACACCGAGAUGUAUCAUUGCGAGAGUCACCAAUGGGUUAUCCACGGGGUAGCAAGAACCCCAUCUACGCAUACAAACACUUCGCCGAUUAUCGUAAUAAAGUAAUGCAAAAAGAGCUCGAGAAGGAACAACCAAUAUGGCCUCUAUGGUUAGAGGAUGCCUUUCUCGACGCUCUCCUUUUAAUUCCCCAGAUGGGCCGAAAGAAGUUCAGUUCAAAAACUAUCCUCUAUGGGCGGAAUAUGCUCAUCACAGAAUACCUUUGGAUCUACCACUGGUUACUUCACCCGCCUCAAAAUGGCGAGGUCAUCCCGAAUAGACAACAGAGAGAGAGGGGCCCGGAUGGAAAGCCGCACCCCAUGUACAGAGGAAGAAAGCAGGUAUCCAGUCACAUCCAAGUUCUAAAGGGCUUCUUCGCGACACUAGUGACUUUCCACUUCAUCUUCCCUAGCAAGAGAGACGCCAAGGAGGAAGACAGGAAACUUAUAAGAGAAGACGAGGACACAGAAUCCUUCAAGAAUAACCGUGUCCUCAUCUCCAUAGCUGACGGUCGGCUACCUGAUGAACGGCCCAAUUACGAGUACUUCGCCCGCCUGUUGAGCGCAGACAACGAUGUCUUCCUGCGACCGAAGCAAUGCUGGAUCUUCGUUUCAUCCUCCCAGGUCAGCCUAAGGGAGAAACAUUCAAAGAUGGAUGACGGCACCACCAAGAAACAAGUUUCAGGCAUCACACCCAACGGACAUCUGCUAGGCGAGUCUGACUAUCCUCACCUCAAGCUCAACGAUGGCAAGGACUACAAAGACUUGCCACGAAAUGGUGACCGACCUACUGUACUUCUACAUGAAUAUACUAGGCCGCUUGCCCAAAAGGAGUCUUCAUCCAUCAAGGAGAUUUCCAACCGGUGGGACGUCCAGUUCCCGGAACUGAGGGAGAAACUCCUUACCGCCCUAGAUGACACCCACCCGUCAGAUGAGCGCACAUCUCGUUGUGUGGUGGGACCCUGCGACACGUUUCACUUUGAGGUGACACUUGACUUGCACGCCACAUCCAAGUUCCCCGAUGGCUCGGAACUUAACGGGAUGGUGGAGCUGUCCAUCAACCGUCCCGAACUACACAACCAUAGCUGGAGAUCUGUGACUUCGGUAGUGAAGCCUGAAGAACUUCACAUCUCCGGCUCAGAGCCCGACUUCUGGGACCGCAGCAACCCCGUUGAGGUGAUCGUCUCACACCGUGUCGGCUGUAACGGCGUGGGCCGGUGCGACUGCGCAGGCCGCGGUAACCGUGAUACCAUUGGUGUUCCUUUCCCCGCCGCCAGCUGGGCCAACACCUUCAUCAAGCUAGCCCCGUAUGUGACGGCAGAGCGAGAGAGGAGAGAGCGAAAAGGGCGCGAGCAGGACUCGCACAAGGGAGCCCGCCCAUCCCGAGCUGACCGUGAGUCAGCACGCAUGAAGAAGGAAGACGACAGCAGUGCAGGGCCAUCACACAAGGCCGGCACUGCCAAGACACAGACACCCAAGGACCUCCUAUCCCAGGUAGCCAUGUACCAAGAGAUCUGGUCGGCGCCGAACCAACCCAACAACGGCAGCAACGACAGCGAAGGCGGGAAGCGCGGGUGGGUUCGUCGCUCCGUCAUCCUAUGGACGUUCAUCCCCGUGCACGAGAAGACCGACGAGAAGGGCAAGACCAUCACGGUGGCCCCGGGAACCAACUGGAAGUUCCUGACCAAAAUCGACCCCAUCUCCGAGUACCACCAGCAGCGCGCCUACCUCUCCGGCUCGCCCUCCGUCUCGCGAGACAGCGUCAUGUCCCCGAACCCAGGGUACCAGGCCCACCUCCACGCCUCCAUGCACGAGAACCUCAGCGCGGCCUACGACGCCCCGCCCAUCCUCCCCUCCACCACGAUGCCGGGCCAGCCACACCCGCAUCAGCACGCCCACCUCCCCACCGGCCUAGAGCUCCUCGACGGCUUCGACAACGGCCUCGUCACGCCUCCUCCCACCGCCUCGCUCACAGGCGGGUACCCGCACUUCGACGACCACAGCAGCGCCGGGCCCUCGCUACACCACCAGCUAAGCUUCAUAUCCGACGGCGGGCCCUCCGCCACAAUCCCCACUACCACCGCCGAGAUGGCGCCGGGAAGCUCAGACGCCUUCCUCUCGGGCCUCGGCGUCCCCGUCUCCUCCGCGUACGAGGACCCGACCGACGCGCACCUGCACAGCUGGGUCGACACCUCGCACAGCGGCUGGGGCGCAGGCUACGCCGACCCCCACCUCCACCAAAACCAACACCAACACCACCCCGUCACCUGGGCCGACACCUCCCCCCUCACAGCCACAACAACCAGCUCCGGCGUCCCCGACACCCUCUGGGCCGCAACAGCCAGCGUCCUAGGCGGCGGCACCGCGACGCGGGACAACAGCUUCAGUUCCGCGAGCACAUCGCACUGGACCACCGCCGCGCCGCCCUCGGGCUCCGAGCAGAAAUACCAGCCACCCCCGCCCUCAGCGUCGGACCCGUGGGCGGCGUGGCACCAGGGCGCCGAGCAGGCCGCGUGGGAGGCGGGCGAUUUCGGGAUCUAUCUCGGUGGUCCUUCCGCCCACCCCAGUCCGCAUACCACCGCUGUCCGGCCAGGCGCCCCCCAGAGCUACGGCCAGACCCAGCACCAGCACCAGCAACAAGUCACGGGGCGCAAGAGAUCGCGCGCGGAAAGCGGUGGUGAUGAUGAUGAUGGUGAGAAUGAUGACGGGGUCGGGUACCCGGUGCACUCGAUGCGGAAGCUGUCGCAUCCGGCUGUGCCGGGGUUUGGGCGGCAUCAUCAUCAUCAGUCGCAUCAGCAUAGUAGACAAGGGGCGGUUGGGGUUGGGGGCCAGGGACAUACUGCGCCGACGGCUGUGAUGGGUGACGGGCAUACUUUCCUAUGA